GUGUAUUGUGGUGAAUUAGUGUUUUGUUUUGCUAACAUUUCUAUAUUAAUAAUAAAUGUUACAUUUAUUCUAAUUGUAAAACCUGAAUACUAUAUGGUUAAGCUCACCAGAAUAUAAUAUACAUCCAUUAAAUGUUGUUAUGUCUUGAUCGUAAUCUUCUAUUUAUCAUAAAAGAGACUUUUUACAGAUAUAUUUCAAAAUAUACAGGAAGUCCUAUUUUCACUACCCUUGUCGGGUAACUCUGUUGAGAAACGGUUUUCAUGAUCGUUGGGUACAUUUUAGCAGUUUAUUUUUUAACCAAAGUUCAUUGAUGUCUGUAUUGUUAAAUGUAUACCUAGUAACAAUCAACCUUAUUGUAAUAUAUCUACUAAAUGGUUUAUAAUUCUUAAGAUAUAAUAAAAGAUAUCCAUAGACAUUCAUAUUAUACUAUUGUAUAAGAAUACAGAGUAAUCUGGUAAGAGUAUACGUGUUCUGUAUUUUGUGAUUGUAAUUUUUAGUCAUGUACCUACUAGUUUAGUAGCAAUGUGCUAGUCAUAGUAGCGAUCUUUUUUGUAGGUUGUACCUGGAAAUUCAUUCAAUUUCUCCUUUUUAUUCUACAAAGACCCUGUUACCUAUAUUUCCGUAAAAUAUAAUAAAUAUAUAUGCGAUUCUGAAAUUCAGUACUUAAUGUUAUGCAUGAUUUCAUAUUAUUGAAUUAAAUUAGUAGUUUAUAUAUUAUAUAAAAUAACAAUCUUAUAUACAAAAUUAACGUUAACUAAUCUAAAAAAUGAUACACAAAUUAAAAUUGAAAAUUUAUCACAGGCCUUAAUAAGUUUAAUACAAUUUAGUAAUUUUCCAUUAAAUAAAUCUAGAAUAUUGUAAUAGAUAACGUAAACCUGGCUGUAUGAAAUUUGAACAAUUAAAUACAAGAAUUAUUGUUAAUAUUUGCAGGUAUAUUUACAGUGUGUCCUCGGAAGGACCUAACCGUACUUUCGAACUGAGGUUGCAAAGUAUUGUAUUUGACAAUUUAUUGUUAUCAGAUCAGGAAGAAAUUUUAGUUCAUUUGGUAAAGGAUGAAAGCGAAUACAUUCAAAUUGAAGACCUUAUAAUUAAAAACGAAAUUAUUGAUGAAAUAAAUUACGAAAUCGUUUCAGAAAAAAUCGAAGCUUCGGAGGAGGAAGAAAGUAUGGAAAAUACCGAGAAUUUUUCUGAUAAUUCACAAAUAUCUGAUCAAGACGAAACGACAAAAUCUAAAUGUAACGUUUGCGGCAAAAAGUUUAAACAUUUACUGCAGCAUCUUUACGUCCAUGGCCAGUACAACUGCCAAGAAUGUUUUAUCAAUUUCAAGACUAAGAAAAAAUACGAUAACCACGUUAAGACGCACAUUACGGAAGUUGAAAAGGACAUUUUAUUCAAAUGUGAAAUAUGCAACAUCGAUUUUUACACUCCUAUGGACAUAGCCCUGCACAAUUUUACACAUACCGAAAGUUAUUCGUGCGUUUUGUGUAAUUUUACUGCGAAAUUCAAGACCAAACGAACCCUGAUCAAUCAUAUCCGAAGACACGAAGGAAAGUUUAAUGUUAAAUGUGAUAUUUGUGGACAGGGCCUUCUCUCCACCAAUGCUUUAAAAGUUCACAUGGAAAUUCAUGCUAAUAUACCUAAGUACCAAUGUGAUUUUUGUCCUAAGAAAUUUACAGUUGAAAGAUAUUUGCAUGUACACAAACAACUCAACCACAAAAAGGAAUUGUUCGGAGUCGAUGAAAUAUUUCAGUGUGAAAUAUGCGGUAGGCAAUUUUCAUUUAAGAAAAGCCUUGAGAGACACUUGAGUUGUAUUCAUAAAAUUGGAGAAGAUAGGACCGUAGCAUGUUCGAUUUCAAGAAAGUCAGGAUCGAAACCUAGAAAAAGAGGUAGUACAUGGGAUGAAGAUAGUUUAAGACGUGCCAUGGAAGCAGUUCAAAAUAAUCAACUUAGUACAAAUGCUGCAGCGUUAAGAUUCAAUAUUCCCAGACGCACCCUUAGAAGCCAUUUACUAAGCGGUAACAGUACUAAAAGUAUUGGGAAGACAACUAUUCUCACAAAACAAUUAGAAGGAGACUUAUCGCAGCAAAUUAAACGUUUCGCAAAACUGGGUAUUCCACUUACCCCUAAAUUUAUCCGGAAACAAGCCUUUUUAUUUUGUGAGAGGUUUAAAAUCAAGCACUCGUUCAAUAUGUCUACAAGAAUGGCUGGACGCAAAUGGCUCAAAAUGUUUUUGAUUCGAAACCCAUCAAUAUCAAAAAUAAAUCCCCAGCUAAUUAAUCUAGCUGGAGCGCAGAAAAAUAAUAAACCCAUUGUGAAACACUAUUUUGAAGAAGUGAAAAAACUCUAUGAAGAGUUAGACAUUAUUGCACAUCCAGAACGCUUGUAUAAUAUGGAUGAAAAGGGGUGUCGCAUUACGGUCCACAAACAAAAUGUAGUAUUGGCUGAAAAAGGGAGCACCAGAGUACAUCUCGAUGCUCCGGAGCACGCUGAGAACGUAACUAUAGCGAUGUGUGUAAAUGCUGUGGGUAGUGCUAUACCACCCAUGAUUAUUUUUAAAGGGAUUAGGUACAGAUCAGAAUUAGCAUCAGAUUUGCCACCUGGAACAAAGGUAAGCGUGGCACCCAAAGGCAGCAUGACCAGUAGCUUGUUCGUAGAGUUCAUUCAACAUUUUGCUCGACAUAAAGCAUCCGGUAAGUGUCUGCUUAUUUUUGAUGGUGCAAAGUGUCAGUUAACAUAUGAAGCUCUGGAAGAAGCAGAUAAAAAUAAUAUAAUACUGUUUUGCUUACCUUUUAACACUACGCAUGCGCUCCAACCUCUAGAUAAUUCAGUUACUCGGUCUUUCGAACAUCACUGGGACGAAGAAGUGUCGAACUACCUGUGCAAUUCUCUAGAGAGAACUUUAAACGGAGUUGCAUUUAAUAAAAUUUUCUCGCGAACAUGGCCGAAGUGUAUGACUCAAACCAAUAUAACAAAUGGAUUCAAAGCCACUGGCUUAUACCCUCUUGAUCCUGAUGUUAUACCCGAAGAUGCUUAUGCUCCUUCAAUUAUAACUGAAGGACCUUUACCGGAAACGUUACAAGACCAAAUCGACCGACCGCUUAUAUCUUUUCAAGUCUCAACCCCUGUUCUAUCUAACAAAGUUUCAAAAUUGCCAUCUCCGCCUCUGAUAGAUGAAAGCAGGCCAGCUCAUGCUUCUCAUGCCUCUUCUCAAAAUAACUACAUGAGUAAACGUCAAGUCUCCGAUUUAUACACUUCUUCUUCGGCAUUUGAUGAAGAUCCCGAUCAGAAAGAGAAAACCACUCCAAAAAAACAAUUAAUCGGACCUAAAACAAAAACUCAACAAAAGAGUCACGAGAUAAGUGACACUGAAUCUUCGGACGAUGACGAACCGUUAAUUAACCUAAUACAGGAUAAAGAGAAAUCGUUUCAUACGUUUUUGCCUAAUCCUAACUAAAACACUACCAUAAAGUCCACACGUCCACGGCAAAUAGCGAUUAAUUAUAAAGGACAAAGUAUAGUUUAUUAGAAAGAUUUGUUUAAAACUGAAGAAAAAAAAGGAUGAGUUGAAGCAAACGAUGAAUAAGAAAAAGAUGAAGGAAAGUCUUCAAGUAAGAGAGAACAAAAAUUGAUUUCAUAAAACUGCUGAAAGGGAAAACACAACAACAAAACAGCAAAAGAUGAAAAAUAGAGAUGAAAAAAAGUGCAGAAGGUGAAGAAGAGAAAUGGUAUCUCUCCAAGAAAUCCCAUAUGGGUAUUUUGCCACUGCAAGAAAAUCUACAAAUAAAAUAGUUAUUUUUUGUAAACACUUCUGCGUUAAUUCAAACGGAAACUACUUGUCAGAAGUUAGGUUUACAGAUAUACAAAUUUGCCUAACGAACAAAAAAAGUAUAGAAAAAAAGAAGACAUGGGGCAAUGUAGCAAAUAUCAAAAGUGGUAUCACGAUUAGUGUAUUGGUCCCACUAAAAAAGAUCCCAUAUUGUUAUGCUCAGAUUGUGAUUAAAAUAUCUAAAAUUAUUAUCCUUUUUAGUUUAUAACUUUGUUUCCGAAUUUUAGUUAUUAUUUUCUUAUAGCUCUAUUUUCGUUUUUUUAAUCUUAGGAAUGGUUGAUUUUAAAUAUUCCUGAUUACUGACUCUUUCGUUAUUACAAGACUAAUUAUAAGUUCUUAAUAGUUAGAGUAUAUACUUGGUCUGUAUAUAGUAUCUAUUAUUUUUUUAGAUAUAAAAAAGGUUGUCAUAGAUGAUAAUUGUUAGUUUGGCCUCUUUACAAAGAACAAACACAUAAGAAGGCCAUUAUAGGUAAAAAAGUUGUUUUAGUCUAAAACGCAUUGGCAACUUAUUUGUUAUCGAUAUACAGGGUGCCCUAGGCUGAGCGUGCAUUAAA